ACCCCCCUCCCGCUCAGAAGCCUGCCAUGGGGGAGUCUCCACAAGUUUCCUGGAGCAGAAGUCAGUGAGAGUCCGGGGAGGAAUGGUGUCUGGGAGCGCCCAGAAACGGGUUUGGCUGGAACGGCUUCGAUAAGCGGCCGAUUCCCGGGGCUCGUCAGCGUUUGCGGGGCCGCCUUCACCGCGUCUGUGUGCCGGGGAACCUCCGAAAGCUGUUCGCGCUGUUGGCUAGCCGCGUCUGCUAACGAGCUAACUAGCCGCGGCGCUAGGUCAGGGUGGGGAAAGUCAUCGACCCUACAGCAACUUCCAGGGGCCUGUGGGGUCGAAUACAUUCGGAUAGGGGCCAUUCCCUUCUCGGGGAGGUGUUGCCCGCGCCUGCUCCAGGUGCCUUCGUCCUUGUUGGCGGGGGUUCCGAGCACUUCACGAUAGCAUCGGGCUUAGACAGCUAGCGAUGUGUCACACAGGCUAAAAGAUCGACUUUUCUCUCGAAGGGGGAUGUUAUUAAGAAAUCUGGGACGAAGUUGCAUCCGCAACCUUUACUGCGAAUCCUACACAUCUGCUACACGGUAAUGUGGUGGGACACGACAGAACGCGGCCUCUGAAGGAGAACCAAACACGGAGCAUGCAGGAGAAGAGACGAGCCCAGAUAACUAGAUAGGGAGGAGCAGACCGACUGCAACUGUGGGCUUCAUCUGCCACCAAGUACAAGUUCGCUUGUGGACGGACAGCACACUGAAACGAUGAAGAAGUUUUCCAGGAUGCCAAAGUCCGAAAGCGGCGGGCUCGGAGGGGUGUCCGGCUCCGGGCUGAGCAGCUACUUCGGGAAAGUGUUCGCGGUGGGCCGGUACCAGGUCACGGUGGAGGAGCUCGUCGCAGAGGGAGGCUUCUCUGUGGUGUUUAUGGCUCGAACACACAGUGGUGUCCGCUGCGCUCUCAAGAGGAUGUACGUGAACAAUGUGCAAGACCUGAACAUUUGCAAGAGAGAGAUCACUAUCAUGAAAGAGCUGUCAGGUCACAAGAACAUCGUCACCUACCUGGACUCCACCAUCAGUUCUUUUUCAGACAAUGUUUGGGAGGUCCUUAUCCUCAUGGAGUUCUGCAAAGCGGGUCAGGUGGUGAAACAGAUGAACCAGAGGUUAAAUGUGGGCUUCAGUGAAGCUGAAGUCCUGCAGAUUUUCUGCGACACCUGCGAGGCCGUGGCUCGCCUGCACCAAUGCAAGACCCCCAUCAUCCACAGAGACCUGAAAGUGGAGAACAUUCUGCUGAAUGACCAGGGGAACUAUGUGCUGUGUGACUUUGGCAGUGCCACUCACAAAGUCUUACUGCCUCACAAGGAUGGAGUGACUGCUGUGGAGGAUGAAAUCAAAAAGUACACGACUCUUUCAUAUCGGGCUCCAGAGAUGAUUAACUUGUAUGCAGGAAAAGGCAUCACCACUAAGGCUGAUAUUUGGGCUCUGGGAUGCUUGCUGUACAAGCUGUGUUUCUUCACUCUUCCUUUUGGAGAGAGUCAAGUUGCCAUUUGUGACGGGAGCUUCAUUGUUCCAGAUAACUCCAAGUUCUCUUGCAAACUGCACUGCUUGAUCAGAUAUAUGCUGGAGCCAGACCUGGAGAAGAGACCAGACAUUUACCAAGUGUCCCACUUUGCCUUUAAGAUAGCUGGAAGAGAUAAUCCUGUACCAAACCUCUGUAGCUCUCCCAUCCCUACAUCACUCCCUGAGCCGCUCACAGCCAGCGAGGUUGCUGCCAAAAAGAAUAUGACAAAAGCCAGGAUUACAGACUCUGUUGUUCCAACUGAGACCUCUAUAGCUCCCAGGCAGAGACCAAAGGCUGCAAACUCCAACGUUCUCCCCCUCACUAACACUGUCACCCCCGUCAAGAUGACCGUGCCUUCCACAGCCAUCAGCAAUGGCCAGAAAGUCCCUACUCCCAGCUCUGGACAGCCAUCCAUACAGGCCCAGCCCAGCAGUCAGCAGAACCGAGUCCUGCAGCAGCUGCAGCCAGGUGAUCUGCGUUUGCAGCAGCUGCAGCAACAACAAGGAGUGCAGCAGCAGCAUGCAAAUGUGCAGCAACUCCAGUACCUUCAGUAUCAACAGGCAGUGCAGCAGUCCCUCCAGCAGCAGCAGCAAGUCUUGCUCCAGCAGCAGCAGAUGAUGAUGCAUCCCAUGUACCAGCAGCAGGUUGCACAGGCCCAGUAUGCUGCUAUGCUGCACCAGUACCAACAGUCCUUUGUCCAGCAGCAGCAGCAGCAGUAUCAUCCCGCUCAGCAGCCUCUCCCCUACAUGUCUUCCCCUCUUGACUUCCAGAUCCCUCUGGGGCCCUACAAUGCCACUACUCCCACUGCUGGGGCUGCUCAGAUGGGAGGACCAUCACCUCUGGAUCCUUCAUACUCCACCCCCAGCAGCAGUAGAAACCCCCUGGUGGUCUCAGAUGGAAUCGCCCCUCCUUCUCAGACCGGCGGCGCCAUCAGUAACCCUCCCGACAUGUCGAGCUGGAACCCGUUUGGAGAGGACAACUUCUCCAAACUAACGGAGGAAGAGCUGCUGGACCGGGAGUUUGACCUGCUCAGAGCAAAAAAGCCGGCAGAGAGGACAGCCAGCACGGACGCUGACCAACCGCCACCUCCCAACAAGCCCCCCCCAUCAGAGGACCUGUUUGGCUCCAUCCCUUUUGUGGCCAACACAGGUGCUGCUGUGAUGAAAGGUGAGGCACCUGCUGUGGAGGCUGGCGUCUGCCCCCCCACCUCCACAGCCCUAGCUAAGGGGCCCAAACUGGGCAAAAAGAGCGGCUGCAGACCUGGAGAAGACUCAGACAGCGACUUUGAGUCGGAUCCUCCUUCUCCAAAGAGCAGUGAGGAUGAGGAGCAGGAGGAAGAGGAGGCCCUGAACAGUGAGCACAGCCAAGACACUGAGCCAGAGAACUUGGGACAGAGACCUUUGCUGAUGGACUCUGAGGAGGAGGGGGACAAGCGCAGCUCUGAUUCAGAGUCUGAGCCUCCCAGGACAAAGAACCGAUCCAGGAAGCCUGCAGGGAGCAAAGGAGGAGGAGCAGCUGCUGCCGGCAGGAGCACUCCAGAAGCCUCUGUGGCUGCUCCUGUCACCCCCCAUCCUGCGUUGCUCAGAGGAACCAGAGCCUCAGAGGCUGUAGAUAUGUUUGGCGCCUUGCCCUUUGUGGGGGGCACCUCCCCUGUGGGGGCCUCACAGAGUUCUGCUGUGUUUGCACCUUUCGGGCAGGAUGAGGAGCUGGCUGCAGAGGAGUUUGAUGUUUUCAUCAAAGCUCCCUUCAGCAGGAACCCCUCAAAGACGGGAAGAAGCAGCAAUGAAGCCCCCCUGUCCCCCGAUUCCAUUGACGUGUUUGGAUUCUCUCCUUUCCAGCCGGGCCCUGUUGGACCACCUCCAAGCACUUCCAGGAGCGCCGAAAACAUCUUCCACCUCCAGGAGCCUGCCAGUCCCCGGCAGCAGAGGCUGAAGCAGCGCAGCCUGCAGAAGCUGUCCUUGCGCCAGAGGAAGACCAAGCAGGAGGCAGCCGGGGUAGGCGGCAACGGCAAGCGCCACCACAGCACCCCAACCGGGGGCCGCAAGAACAACAAGCCCAUCUACCGCACGCCUGAGAAAGUCCGCAGACACAAGAAAGUGGGCCGCAGAGACUCGCAGAGCAGCAACGAGUUCCUGAGCGCCUCCGACUCCAAGGAGAACAUCAGCGUGGACUUCACCAUGACUGAUGGGAGGGACAAGGACUCUCUGCCGGGGGAGGACGUCCCUUUAGACCCCUUCGGGGCGCGACCUUUCCACCCUCAGGAUGGGGGGCGCCACGUCCAAUACCCGUGUCUCAGUGAGGGUCAGAGUGACGUAGCUACAGCCAACGGUAAGUCCUGGGACAGCAGGAGUAUGGAUGAUUUUGGAGCAGUGCCCUUCACGGAAAUUGUCAUCGGGGGACCGCAGCAGGCCCCCCCCCAGCCGCUGGACCUGGACCCGUUCGGAGCUGCUCCCUUUCCUUCAAAACACUGACCCCCUCUUUGAUUCAGCUUUAAAUAUUCUGACUGCUGGCUCUUUUUCACCUGCCUUCUCACAAGUUUAAGCACCACAAAGCCUUAGCUGAACAGCAAUGCCUUGCUGCACAGCACCUCAGCAGCAGAAUUGUUUAGCCUGUCUAUGCAUAAAGAUCCUGUAGUCUUCAUUCAGUGGAAGAGGAUGUGACAGCGCUGCGAUUCUUGGUUUUUAUCCUGCUUUUUUAAGCCAUCUCAGCUGGUAUUUAGAGUUCAUUCUAGCCUCCAAAGUUUUUCUGACUGUAAACCUAAGUCUUUUUAUGAGGUCAAAUCCUGUCUUUCAGAAUAAAUGAAUAAAAAUACACUUAGAUUUGGGCUUGGAUUUUGCACGAACUGGAAAAGAAACUUAACACUUUCGGUUACAAAAAUCAAAAAUCUGAAAUUAUUAAGGAUAUUUUUGUACUGUAGCUGUGUGAGCGGUUAUGACCGUUAAUUUGGAGAGUUUCUAAGCACAGUGCUGUAUGAAAGUUAUAAGCAGUGUAGAUUUGCUCAUCUGUACAUAAAAGUCAAUCUGCAAACCA